AUGAUGAUUAAGCUUUCUCAAAUUAAGCAGGAAGAAAGACAAUUGAUCAAAUGUACAAGGUUUGCACGCAUAUAUAACGUGAACGAUCGCUAUGCCAUCAAAUCAAUAUCUACUGACUAUGUGGUGGCGCCCCACAAUCCAGAGAGAGAAUUGGCAAUAUUACGCAAGUUAAGUGUGCUGGGAGAACCAUACUUAAUUCAACUAUUGGAUAGUAGGAAGGUGGGAGAGGAGAUGGAAUUAUUGUUUCCGUUUUAUUCAUUGAAUCUACAUGAUUUCAUGAUUUCAUUCUAUAACCCAGUGGAUGGAGUCAAGAAAAGUAAGAAAUUCAAUCCUUAUUAUUCAUUAAGUUCAAGUUCAGAGUGUUCUGAUGGGAAUGAGGAGAAAACAACAUUCAUCAAUGAUCUUGACGUUAAUAGAUAUGCAUACGAUUUCUUUCAUCAAUUAGUGGCAGGAAUUAAUUCAAUACAUGAACAAAAAAUUAUUCAUAGAGAUAUAAAACCACAGAAUGUGAUGCUUGAAAUACAUGAUGAUGGUUCAAUUAGUCUGUUAAUUACAGAUUUUGGUAUUUCAUAUGAUCAUGAAGCUCCUGCUGAUAAAUUACGAGAACCACCGCUGCAAAAAAUUACAGAUGUUUCUACCUCAUUUUAUAAAUCACCAGAAUUAUUAUUUGGGAUUAAGAACUAUGAGUUUGAAGUUGAUAUUUGGGCACUUCUGGUAUUGCUUUCUCAAUUCUUCCAAAAGGAGACCAAUAUUGAAAACUUUGUACCGUCCAUGUUUGAUGAUGGUUCCGGAGUGUUGGAUAGUGGUAGCGAUAUAAGAUUAAUUUUUUCAAUUUUUGAAAUGGUUGGGACUCCAGGUGUUAAGGACUGGCCCAAAGUUAUUGAAUAUGGUUCCAAAGAUGCCUUCGUUGGAAUGUUCGGUGAAAAAGGUGAUGGGCGAUAUAUUCUACAUGAAUCCUUUGAAAACCAGAAAAGAAGGGUACUAAAUGAUUGGAUGCCAAGAUUGUAUGAAUUGAAUAAUGAAACACAGAAGAAUACUUUAAUUGACUGCAUACUUGGCAUGGUUCCAUUUGCAUCAGAACAAAGAUGGAGUUCCAAACAAUUGCUUGAAAGUCUAUCGCAAGAAAAAUAA